CCGCUGCCACCGCUGUCGCCGCCGCCGCCGCCGCCGCCGACGAGCUCUGUGCCCGCAGCCUCCGCCUCCCGGAUGGACGCUCUGCCCCGCGGCGGGCUGAACCUGAAGGAGGAGCCGCUGCUGCCGGCCGGCCUGGGCUCUGUGCGCUCCUGGAUGCAGGGCGCCGGCAUCCUGGACUCCAGCACCGCGGCGCAGAGUGGUGUGGGCCUGGCACGAGCACACUUUGAGAAGCAGCCCCCUUCCAACCUCAGGAAAUCCAACUUCUUCCACUUUGUGCUGGCCAUGUAUGACCGGCAGGGGCAGCCCGUGGAGGUGGAACGCACAGCCUUCAUCGACUUCGUGGAAAAGGACCGUGAGCCAGGGACAGAAAAGACAAACAAUGGAAUCCAUUACCGCCUACGGCUGGUAUAUAACAAUGGACUUCGGACAGAACAAGACCUCUACGUGCGUCUCAUUGACUCCAUGUCCAAGCAGGCCAUCAUCUACGAGGGGCAGGACAAGAACCCUGAAAUGUGCCGAGUUCUCCUCACCCACGAGAUCAUGUGCAGUCGGUGCUGUGACCGGAAGAGCUGUGGUAACCGGAAUGAGACGCCCUCAGACCCGGUCAUUAUUGACAGGUUCUUCCUCAAAUUCUUCCUCAAAUGCAACCAGAACUGCCUGAAGAACGCAGGGAAUCCCAGAGACAUGCGCCGCUUCCAGGUGGUGGUGUCCACGACUGUGAGCGUGGAUGGGCACGUGCUGGCGGUGUCUGACAACAUGUUUGUGCAUAACAACUCCAAGCACGGCCGCAGGGCCCGCCGCCUGGACCCCUCCGAAGGUCAGGCCCUCCAGCCCAGCCCUGGCCAGCCCCUGGUCCCCCCUUGGCGCGGUCCCCUGACCUGGGUCCUCUCCUGCCUCCCAGCUGCCACCCCCUGCAUCAAGGCCAUCAGCCCCGGGGAGGGCUGGACUACGGGAGGCGCCACUGUGAUUGUCAUCGGCGACAACUUCUUCGACGGGUUGCAGGUCGUGUUCGGAAACGUGCUCGUGUGGAGCGAGCUCAUCACGCCCCACGCCAUCCGGGUGCAGACACCCCCGCGACACAUCCCUGGGGUAGUGGAGGUGACCCUCUCCUACAAGUCCAAGCAAUUUUGCAAGGGAGCCCCCGGCCGCUUUGUCUACACAGCCCUGAACGAACCCACCAUCGACUACGGAUUCCAGAGGCUACAGAAAGUCAUUCCCAGACACCCCGGAGACCCGGAGAGGCUGCCCAAGGAAGUGCUGCUGAAGCGGGCGGCCGACUUGGCGGAGGCCCUGUACGGAAUGCCCAGCAGUAACCAGGAGCUCCUCCUGAAGCGCGCGGCCGACGUGGCCGAGGCUCUGUACAGCGCCCCCCGCGCGCCCGCGCCGCUCGGACCGCUGGCGCCCAGCCACGCGCACCCCGCCAUGGUGGGCAUCAACGCCUUCAGCAGCCCGCUGGCCAUCGCCGUCGGGGACGCCACGCCGGGGCCCGAGCCCGGCUACGCCCGCAGCUGCAGCAGCACGUCCCCCCGCGGGUUCGCGCCCAGCCCCGGCUCGCAGCAGAGCAGCUACGGGAGUGGGCUUGGAGCCGGCAUCGGCGGCUACGGCACGCCGGGGGUGGCCGGCCUUGGCGUGCCCGCGUCCCCUAGCUUCCUCAAUGGCUCCACCGCCACCUCGCCCUUCGCUAUCAUGCCCUCUAGCCCCCCGCUGGCGGCUGCCUCCUCCAUGUCCCUCCCGGCUGCUGCCCCUACCACCAGCGUCUUCUCCUUCUCGCCUGUCAACAUGAUCUCCGCUGUCAAACAGAGGAGCGCCUUCGCCCCUGUGCUGCGCCCACCCAGCUCCCCACCCCAGGCUUGUCCCAGAGCCCACGGAGAGGGGCUUACAGACCAGUCUUUUGAGGAUUCUGACAAGUUCCACUCUCCAGCCCGGGGGCUCCAGGGUCUGGCAUACUCCUAAUGACGGUCCACAGGUGUUGCCCCCACUGAGCCCGGACUGGAGGCCCCUCUGGGAUUUGCACUCAUACCCUGGAUAGCAGCACAAAGAGAUACAGGACUGUGGGCAGACCUCAAUCCCUGAGCUGAGCAGGGAAGGCCUUCCCACCCCUGUGCUCAAGCCCUCCUCAGCCCCACGGGUUUCCCUCACCUCCCUUUCUUGGGGCUGGUUGAAAACCCCAACACUGUGCUAACGCUCUUGGCAAGAGAGCAUGCCAGGGAGGUGCCGGGGUGCUGGGCUUCACUCACUGGGUCAGUUCCUCUGGAAGAGAUGGAUGCCAGUGGGGAAAGCAGAGGUUGGGGACCAUGGGAAAUAGCACAGCUCAGGGAGAGGUGACCUAGAAAGGUCCUAUUUGCAUCUGACCCAUCUCAACCGGCCCAGCAUCCCAACUUCUCUCCAGUGAACAGGGCGGGGCCCAGCAGCCUCCGGAGGCCCCAGCCAGGCUCCCAUGGAGCUUUCCACAGCUGUCGGACCCUACGGCUGUGCUGCCCCUACCUCCUCUGAGGCCUGCACACCCAUGCUUGCCACAUCCUGCCUCUCCUGGGGACUUUGGCAUGGAGGAUGUGAAGAGGGGGUUCCAGGUCUCCUGAAUUUUGAGUCUUACUCCAGUGGAUGAACUAUGACUCUCCACAUACAUUGACUGGCUGGCCCCACUGAACGGCCUGGCUGCCCCCCCCCCAAGUGGCUUCAUCCACCGUUCUGCUAAG